AUGACUUCGAUAGUGCUCAACGUUGAGCACCGUGCUUUCGACGAUGCACUCGACACCGAUAGCAGCACCGACACUGCGAAGGACCGCGCUCGGCACUGCACUCAAGCGUUGCAAGAAGUUGAAAGUCAGCUGCUCGCAAAACUCUCAGCCUCCGACGUCAGACCGGGGCCAGAUGCAUCCGGCCAAGCGGGCGGGGGGCGCCGUAAGCGUAAGCGUAACCGAGUCCUUCCUCCUUAG